AAAUCCGUCCGUGUGGGAGCAACCAUCACAUCCAAGAUGGAGACUGUAAACGCUGGACAGAUGAUGAGCUUAGCAGCUCUACAGAGACAAGACCCGUACAUAAACAAACUGCUCGAUGUUACCGGACAGGUGGCUCUGUACAACUUCAACUCCAAAGCCAACGAAUGGGAGAAGACCGAAAUCGAAGGCACCCUGUUUGUUUAUGCAAGGUCUGCAACUCCUCACCAUGGCUUCACCAUCAUGAACCGACUGAGCACAGAGAACUUGGUGGAGCCGAUCAACAAAGACCUGGAGUUCCAGCUGCAGGAUCCCUUUCUGCUCUAUAGGAAUGGCAACUUGGGGAUCUACAGUAUUUGGUUUUAUGACAAGAGGGACUGUCAACGCAUCGCCCAGUUAAUGGUCAAGAUUGUGAAACAGGAGGCAGACCACGCCCGGAGAGAGUCUCCGGAGAGGGCUGAGCCAGGGAGGAGCAACGGCGUCACAGAACCGCGGCCUAUCGACAUCCUGGAGUUGCUCAGCAAAGCCAAGGAGGAAUACCAGAGAGCUCAGGUGGGUGAUACCGAUGGGUCUGCAGAGCUCAACCUGAAAACAACUUUCAACGCCACAGAGCAGAGCACACCAAAAGCUGAAAAGAGCUCUCAUACGAUGGUGAAGCAGAUCACAGUUGAGGAGCUUUUCGGCUCGUCCCUCCCUAAGGACCCCUCUCUACCCAUAAUGCCCACACAGAACUCCACCACUGCUUCCAGGGACCGCUCCACUGCCUACCUCCAGAACCAGCCUUACCCCACUCCAGCCCACCAGAACCCACUCUUUCCUCCCCAUCACACAGCCCAGGGUCCCGGCUCAGGUCAGCGGCACCAAGUCCCCGGCCUGCUCCCAGCUCCGUACGCACUGCAACCCGGCUCUGUUUUCCAGUCAGCAGUCCCCAGGUCAGACCCCCAGCCGCGGUGCUCAGUCUCCCCUCUCAUGGUGGUUCCAACUGGCCCAGAGCACCGCACCGCUCCCCCUGUUUCCGCAGCAUCAUCAGCACCUCCUACGGCGUAUUUGGGACAAGAGAUGCUCGGCACCCUCAAAGCGACAGUGCCACCAGUGAAUCCAGACAUCCACAAACCCGUCCUCGCACCCAACUUCCUGCCAAACAAGCUGUUCCCACCCCACAGCUUCCAAGAGCCCAUGGUGAAACCCUCCGUCCAGCACGGCAAGGAGAUGGAUGUCUUCUCUCAGCCUCCAAACCUGAUGUCUGCUGUCCCCAUGAGUCCAGGUCUCGCUAUUCCAGGGCCGGCCAUUUCUGUGCUUCUCUCCCCCAGCGCCUUCCAGCAGUCCUUCAGUAAGAUGACAGCAGCAUCAGUGGCCCCUCCUGCCCCCUCCGAUCCCUCUUGCCUGUCCUCAGGAGCAUUAGAGCCUCCACAGGCAGCCUGCAGCAAGACACAGCUACAGGAUACUCUGAUACACCUCAUCAAGAGUGACCCAGACUUCCUCAGUACGAUUCAUGAUGCGUACCUGCAGAGUGUGUCCAAGGACUUCAGCAACAUGAAACUAUAGUCUCCUCAACUCCAUCAACACUGUCACUCACAGACCUUGAAAAAUCCUCGAUUAAAGAGGAGCUAAAGGAAGCGAAGCUAACAGGUCGUCCACACACUGUAUGUACAUUGCACAGCGGCCAUUAAGCCCUCUGUUGCUGACUCUGAACACUGAUGCUAUGGCUUGGAUCAGUUUACUGCCUGAUUUAUUAAAACUGAACUAAUGUGGAAGAUAACGUUGAGAGAAAACUUUCCAGUGUGGCCUUGAGUAUUCAUUUCAACUUUGUAAAUGUGACCCAACAGGUGACCGUGAACUUGUAAUGUGUAGCUGUUGUUGGUUCCAUUGGCUUGCGGACCGGACCAGUGGAGUGAAUCGUUUUACGCUUCACCUUUGGGAAAGAUGAUUUCGCUGCUACAACAUUAAGGGAAUCACACACGAGGCUUCUCCAGUUGUAUACCAUCUUUGGACUCCUCUCAUUUGACAGUUUGGGAACUGUGAAAAAACUGCUUGCUAGUUGGAAGGCCUCAGAAGUGUUCUGGGGGUGUUGACAGACAAACUGUCCCACUGACUCUUUUUCCCUUUGUCCCUUAUUGAACGUUCUCCUUCAGAGUAAUGCUGCCAUCACCUUUAUUGUGGAAAUUUGUCUUUGUCAGUGUUUCAUAAUAAGGAAUAGAUUGUAGAGGAAUAUUUUUUCAACCAUCGUCCGAGGAAGAUAAAAAAAACUUUUGGUUUUGUUUGGAGGAGCACUUUCUGCUCAAUCUCAUAAACAGUUCCUCUCGGCUGCUUCUUUAACGUUCUGUGACUUAAAGAGAAAGAGACUAACGCACAAUCCGGCUUCUUUGCUGCCCCUUCUUUCUCCAGAGGUCCCCAUUCCUUGCCCCUACUCUCAUUGUCUUUCUCCUUGUCUGUGUCUCUCCUCCACUUGCUGAGCUCAGUGCGUCACCUCUCAGAGGGGAGCGUGCAAUAAACGGCAGUCACAAUGCCUUUAGGGAAACCAGCAUUUCAGGAUACUUUAGCAAGGUACGGUAGAGCUAAAUGUAUCUGAACCUCUGGGUUCUGGUUCUGCAACAUCUUAAAUAUGAGACAAAAAUUGCAAUUACUUUUGAAUAUUGUUUGCACACAUUAAUAUGAAUUAAUUCCCUAAAGAAACAGAUUGCUGAUAUGAUUCUGAUAUCUUCAGUCGGAUUCAACCAGUUUAUACUAAAAAUUCAAGAAAAAUAAAAACAUUUCUGUUUCUAAAUUUAUUUUCUGACAGUUGAGUCUUAAGUCACAAUGACUUAAAGACAAAAAGAUUAGUGGUAACUUAUUUAUUUUUGCAGUAUAAGGCUACUGCAGCAAAGAAACGUAGGCCCUGCAGACGCAGUGGGAACAUGAAGACGCACAUCAUGCGUACCGCUGAGUGGCUUGGGAUGCUGUUUUUGAACAAAGAAAACCGAUAAUGUACAUCAGAAAAAUCAGCACACUUGUGGGCAUUUUUGAACAGAUCAAUAACAGGUUUCAUUUACCAUGUUGAUAAAUAUUCAGCAUGUGCAACACCAUUAAAUGGUACAAAUAUUUAAGUUUUCAGCUUUUUUAAAUAGUGUUUGAUGUCAGUAGUCAUGUUACUGUUCAGAUGUCUAUAUUAAAGUAGCAAUCAAUAUACAAAUUCACUUCAGAAACCUUAGUAGUAAACUUUUUCCCUUUGUGUUAUUUUGGCUUUUUUUCAAGAGCAACAUUUGAAAAUAACUAUAAAGGAGUCAGAUUAAAUUCUGCUGAAUACCAUGUGUUGAUGACUCCACAACAUUGCAUUUGGACUGCUAUAUGAAUGUAUUUUGAUUAUUCACAAUAUGUUUGUGCCACUUUUGUUUUCCUCUUGUGUCCUGAAUAUAUACGAUGAACGCUUCAUGAUUUCAGUAGCAGCUGUUCACCAUGUUUUUCUUCUUUUUGGCAAAUCAAGAUUUAAAGUACGAGGGAGCAGUAUCAAAUAAUGUGAACACUUCUUUGCCCUGUUAUAAUUCUCAUUUCAGAAGAAAUCUUGCCAACACGUCUGGCAUGUGUUGGGUAAAUAAACAGCUUAUUGAAAUGUACAGUUUUUUUAAUCCCGGUCAGAUAUUUAAGAUUUUAAGGUUAUUUUACACUUAGCUAUAGUUUAUCUUAUUGGCCAGAUAUAUGACUUUGGGAAAGUCUUUGCAAAUUAUAUUCAUUUUUCCAAGAUUGUUGCCACUGUACAUCAUUUUGUCUUUUUUGACUAUUUUGUGAUAAUAAAGAACAGAAAAUAUA